UGACGAUGAAAUACGGAAAGAUGCUCGUCGGACAGCCGCUAUAGGAUCAAUAUAUUUACAGAAAUAAAAAAUAUGCAGAUAGGCCAAUUUGAAAGAAGAAGAAAAACACAUCGAAUUCAAAGAAAUAAGCUGGAAGUAGUAACUUUUUAAUGUUACGCUCACGGACCACGUAUUUGUCAUGUGGCGAAUCUCUGUUAAAAAACUUUGUGCUUUUUGUCUCUGCGCGUGUGCGUUUGUGUUUUUUAUCAUGACAUUUCAGGUACAAUAUUAACUUUAUCUUUUAUCUGAAGCUUCAAAUAGCCGGCAAAGAUUUGCACACCUAACCAUGUUGUUUUAUGGCGAGAGCCUGUGUUUCUAAACUUAGUAAGCGUCUCACCUCCGUGCACGCGCUCGAUUCCGUGGCGUGAACGCCCCUACUCGUAGCAGCUCACUGGGGUUUGAUACACGGCCAUGCAGAACACAACCAUAAUGUGCUCGCUUUAAAGUGUCUCUUGUUCACAGGUUGCUUUCGGGAUCUGCUCAAGUCUCUCACUAACAUCUGGAUAACUCUCUAUCCUUUUCCUCAUCCCUGGUAUUUCCUUUUACUAAAAUCUCCCAUUUUCCAUCCUUGCAACCUGACAUAUUGAAAUAAGUAACAGCUGAUUAUUGGUUGAUGUUUUCACUAUUAGAUGCAUUGCAUUUCUCAUAUAGGAGUUUUCUCCACUUCUCUAAAACAGCUUGUAGAAGAAGUGUGUGUCUGCAGACAGUGAGUGUGAGAUGUGCUUGUCCUCCUCCUCAUGUGUGUGGCGUAGUCUCAGUGUCCUGUACUCUCUCUCUGCAGGUCGUUGAGGAGCUGGCCCGGUUUGAGCAGGCCCACAGCAGACGGCAGGUCCCGGAAAAGGCCGCUGAGGGCCCGUACCCUGUGGUCGUGUGGUGGUCUCCUCUGACGGGAGAGCUGGGACGCCUCGGACAGUGUGGCCGCAACAAAUGCUUCUUCACUGUUAAUAGGUCCUAUCAUUCACAUCCACAGACAAAAGCUUUUCUUUUCUAUGGUACCGAUUUCAGCGUUGAAAGCCUCCCUCUUCCGAGACACGAGCAGCACCAGUGGGCGCUGUUUCACGAGGAGUCACCCAAGAAUAACUACAAGCUUUUCCACGAGCCGCUCAUUACCCUGUUCAACCACACAGCGAGUUUCAGCCGGCACGCUCACCUGCCCCUCACCACACAACACCUGGAGGGCAUCCGCGAGCUCACCGCACACACACAUCUGCUCCCUCUGGCCUACAAAAACCAGCUGAGGAAAACCCUGGCACCUGUGGUGUACGUCCAGUCUGACUGCCACCCGCCGUCCGAUAGAGAUGUCUACGUUCAAGAGCUGAUGCAGCACAUUCAAGUGGACUCGUACGGGCAGUGUCUACAUAAUAAAGACCUGCCGCCCCAUCUGAGAGACUCCACUGCAAUGGACGAUCAGGAUUUCUACCAGAUCCUCGCCCAGUACAAGUUCGUCCUGGCCUUUGAGAACGCCAUCUGUGAGGACUAUAUCACUGAGAAACUGUGGAGGCCGCUCAAGCUAGGUGUUGUGCCAGUGUAUUAUGGAGCACCCAACGUACACAUGUGGCUGCCGGAUAACAGGAGCGCGGUCGUGGUCCAUCCCGACGACCCGCCGGAGAAGCUCGCUCUGUAUCUAAAGAGGCUGGACAAGAAUGACUGGGAAUAUCUCAAGUUCCUGGAGUGGAAGCACAAGCGUGAAAUCUCAAAUGUGAAUCUGGUGACAGAACUGAAGGAACGUCCAUGGGGUGUUCAGGAUAUCGGUCAGGAUAACUUCAUCGACGUCUUCGAGUGCAUGGUGUGCAACCGGGUCUGGGAGAAUAUCCACAGGCAGGAAAAGAAGCUGCCGUCUAAAGUCUGGCGGGCUGAAGAGAGCCACCUCAAGUGCCCAUCUCCACAACUGUUUGACUUUGCAGAGAGCUCAAGCUCUCCUCUUCGGCAGAUGUGGAUGUCCAGUUAUGAGCAGUCCAAGAGAGAAGCCAGAGCGCUUGGACUGAUGUUACGCAGGAACAGAAACUUUACCGUCACACAGUUCUGGAGAGAAGUUUUCACCGACCCGUCCUGAAUGUUCAUGUUGAUAGUAAAAAUGUGGGCUGCAUUUCAUGACGUGAAAGGACUUCAAGUCGGUGCAAUGCUCAGGAUAUGGCAUGCACUAACCACUGAUCUAUAUAAUGACUGGAAAGCUCAUGAUGUUCUAAACUGCCACUUACAAUUUCCUACCAGCAGAGGGCUCUAACUGCCGUUACAGAGAGAUUGGUUGCUCCGACGCACUUUUAAGAUGACCUGCUGUGCAUCAUACAAGUGUAAACAAAAGUUCACAAAAGGAUCUAGAAAAACUGCUCACAGGUUGUAAUUUAAGCCCAUAGGUAGUAAUUUAUCUGCACAAUUGUCGCUAUUUCAGUGUUGUUUUUUUCCGAGGCAAGAGUUGCCUAAUGCUUUUUCUUCAAAAAAACAAACGAUAAAACAUUCAUCAGUCUAUAAGGAAUCUCAGAGCAGCAAUAAUCACAAUUAAGAGUCCAAUAGUGACCCCAUUUAACAGCUUCAAAAGAGCUUCAUGCAGAGUCCAUUUACCAUUACUAAGGCCUGCGGUGUUUACAGUGCGCAACUGAUCUACGUCUGUACCACAAACAACAUUUAUUCUCUAUUUUUUCAUUUCAAAUCACUGCUUUUAUUAACAGCGUCUUUUAUAAAACUUUUUUUUUUUUUAAUCAUAGCCUACAAUGCAUUCUUUCACAGACGUAUUAAGUUUAAACCCAAUAAACUUAAAAAACGUAGUAUUCAAUGCAUUACUUCUUGUUCAUUUAAUUAAACGCAUCUAUUUACUAUAUUUUCAUGUCAAUCCGUGUUCAGUUUGACCACAAACCAUGCGCUGUCACUUUAAUGUUAAUGUUUAUGUGCCUUAAUUACUUGCUCACUCCUAUUACCAAUACCACAGUGGGUUAAUGGAAAGCUGUUACAGUAUUGAUUAAUCUUGUUAAUGUUACAGUUUAUUCGUCUUUGUUAAUGCUAGUUAAAAAAGACUGUUCAUUCAAAAAAAUGAUUAACAGAUGAUGGAAAAUGUAUUAGUAAAUGUUGAAAUUAAUGCUUUUUAAGUAUUUUAAAAAUUGAUAUUAACUUAUGUAGUUGACUUUUGUUAACAAAUGGGACUUAUUGCAAUGUGUUUCCAAAAUGUGUUCACCAGGGGUGUCUGAUCCUGCUCCCAGAGUGAGUAACAGUAAACACACGUGAUGUGCUGUGAAGGUCCUCAGGAUCAUCAGGUGUGUGUAAGCACAGGAGGACGAGGCAGGACUGGACACCCCUGCUCUACAACAAUAGUAAAAAAAAAAAUCAUUAAUUAUAACAAACUAACAUGCCAUUUAUGGUUUUGAUUUAUGCCAUUUAUUUUGAGUAAUUUCUGAUUAUUAAAUAAAGAACCAGAUACCAGUUCAUAAGGUACAGUCAUUUCACACUGGGUGUUGUGCAACUGUAAUAAAAACAUGAAAGAUG